AUGACAUUGAACUGCGUCAUCGAGAUUGAUAUAAACGACUUUGAAGGAUUCGUAGACAUGAAAAUGAAGCCUUCGGCUUCGAAACAAACUAAGACGGCUUACAAAAGAGGAGCUGAAAAAGCGAUUGAUAAGAAAAAUAACAAAAAAAAUAAACAGGCAAAAACAAGUUCAUCUUACAGAGAAAUCUUAGAAGAGAAAUUGCGGGCGGAAGAUUAUGACGAAGAAAUCUUCAACACAAUUACUUUCAGACAGGGAGAAGGUUUGGCUACCAUUAAAAGUUUAUUUAAUCCGGAAGAUAUUGGGACCGACUACUGGACAAUAACACACUACAAGUGUAAAAACAUUAAAAAUGUUCCUCAAAAGGAGAGGUGGCGUCACUCUGAGGCAACUGUCAAGAUAACGACUUCUGAUAAGUCAAAAGACCAGGCAGUGAAUAACAGUUUGAAUGAGACCAUGCAGGUCAUCUUUGACGUAAUAUUGAAAGACCCUGAACGUCGGACUAUAAGAAGUAAAUUAGCUGCAUGA